AUGGCUAUUCCAACUACUCAAAAGGCUAUUAUUUUUGAAACCAAUGGUGGUCCAUUAUUAUAUAAGGACAUUCCAGUACCAAAACCAAAACCAAAUGAAUUAUUAAUUAACGUUAAGUACUCUGGUGUCUGUCACACUGAUUUACAUGCUUGGAAAGGUGAUUGGCCAUUAGCCACAAAGUUACCAUUAGUAGGUGGUCAUGAAGGUGCAGGUGUUGUCGUAGCCUUAGGUGAAAAUGUUGUAGGCUGGGAAAUUGGUGAUUAUGCUGGUGUCAAAUGGUUAAAUGGUUCUUGUUUAAGUUGUGAAUACUGUAGAACUGCUCAUGAAUCUAACUGUCCAGAUGCCGAUUUAUCUGGUUACACUCAUGAUGGUUCAUUCCAACAAUAUGCUACUGCUGAUGCAAUUCAAGCUGCCAGAAUUCCAAAAGGUACUGAUUUAGCUUCUGUUUCUCCAAUUUUAUGUGCUGGUAUCACUGUUUACAAGGCUUUGAAGACUGCCGAUUUACAACCUGGUCAAUGGGUUGCCAUUUCUGGUGCUGCUGGUGGUUUAGGGUCUUUAGCCGUUCAAUACGCCAAAGCUAUGGGUUACCGUGUUGUUGGUAUUGAUGGUGGACAAGAAAAAGGUGAAUUUGCCAAAUCAUUAGGUGCUGAAGCCUUUAUUGAUUUCCUUACUUCAAAGGAUAUUGUUAAGGACAUUCAAACCAUCACUGGUGGUGGUCCACAUGGUGUUAUUAAUGUAUCAGUUUCUGAAAAGGCUAUGCAACAAUCUGUCGAAUAUGUUAGACCAACUGGUACUGUCGUUUUAGUUGGUUUACCAGCUGGAGCUUCUGUUUCUGCUUCUGUUUUCUCUUCUGUUGUUAAAACUAUUAAUAUUAGAGGUUCUUAUGUUGGUAACAGAGCUGACACUGCUGAAGCUAUUGAUUUCUUUAGUAGAGGUUUAGUCAAGUGUCCAAUUAAGAUUGUUGGUCUUUCUGAAUUAGCUAAUGUCUACAAGUUAAUGGAAGAAGGAAAGAUCUUGGGUAGAUAUGUUGUUGAUACUGCCAAGUAA